UUUUUUUUUCUUGCGGGUGCAGAUGUUGGCGUGAGGAGCCAGAGGAGCGGUUUUCUCCGUUGAGACAGUGGCGCGCCACGGCGGGAGGAGACAGCGCUCCACACUGAUGUGGGAGGAAUAUCUCCCUCCGACGCGGGGAGCUCAGAUGGAGGGGGAACGCUGCGCGCCGACGGCUGCAGCCGUCCAGGCUCCGUGACCCGAGCGGGAGGAGGAGUGAGCCCCGCCGCCGACAGCUGCCAGACCCGCCGCCAGCCAGCGCCAACGCCGCAACAGCUCCGGCGGGCAGCCCCGCACUCUCUCUCCCUCUCUCUCUCUCCCUCUCUCUCUCUCCCUGGCAACCAUGGGCAGAAGAAAGAAGCAGAGGGGAGAGAGAGAAGUAUGUGAGCUCUCCACUGCAGUAUUGAUGACCCAAUGAUCCCCUGCAGAACAGAGCCAGUCAGGCAGACAGAGUGAGGCUCAACUCAGAAUCAAAAUCAGAAUCAGCGCCACAACCAUUUGGUAAAAGCAACCAAUUAAGCAGGAAAUGAAUGGUCCUGUUUUCUACUUGACAGCUGUUUGAGAAAGGCGGCUACAAAACAGGAAGUCUCAUUUACGACAACUGAUAGCAUCCCUCUUUUUCCUGCGUCAGUACCAGUUAAAGUGGCCACUGAAUGAGUGGCCUGUCAGAUCACCUGCAUUCAGGCCAAACUGGCACUCCAGCGGACUGCAGUCAGAGUCAGGCCGGAGAAAAAGGCGGUUUGGAAGAGCUCGAAGGGCUGGAAGGACCCGAGUUCUGGACCAGGGAGCUCGGGCUCCAGGGGGGGUUCCAGGAGUCCCCUCAUGAUGGACUGGCACUGGUGACCGCCGACGACAUCUCCCCUUCCUCUCCUUCUGCCCUGGCAAACGGCCUCCAUCUCCAGAGACGGCCGGGGCACGGCGCCUGCCGGCGGAGGCAGACGGAGGCUCACCCAACCGCUGAGACACAUACUUUUGCAGAGGCACUCAGAAACAUGCAAACGCACAUAGAUCCAGAUGUGCAUGCACAGCCUUUUUCACACACGCUUAUGGAUAACUGUGGGCCCAUGGAUAUCGACACGCUUACAGGUUCAGUGGGGCCAGACCUCUCCAAAACUCUCACACCAGAGGCCAUACACACAACUUCACCCCAGCCCUUGUCCUUGGCACUUGGCAAUCAUCCUGCCUCCACCAAUCAGCUGGCAGCUCAUGUCCGAACCGCAGAGACAGACAUAGCCUCCACCUUCUGUCCAGUCCCUACUGGUCCAGACCCAACCACGGACUCUUCUCCGCUCCCUUUAGAGACAGAAAAAAAGUAUGCACUCCGCAGCUCUGGACGUCCCCGCUUCCCCUGUCACCUACGCAAAUCCUCUCGCCUUCGCCGGAGCACAGAAGACAUGGAGAAAAGAACCGGGAGGGAGAAAGGAGGAGAGGAGGAGGCAGUACUGGAAGAGAAGCUCUGGAGGGUGAAAGAAGAAGAAGUGGCUGUCGGCCAUAAAGAAGAACAUUCAUCUGUGGAAGCUGUUCUCCCAACACCUACCUGUCAGACAGACAUUGCCCUUGCCCUCACUGUACCAAAACCUGCCAUUAAAGCUGUUCCUAAGCCUGGGCCCAGGCUGGGGCACAGACCUGGACCUAAAUCCAGGUCUAGGCCGGCACCCAAAUCUGUUCAAAAAGCAGGGCCAAAAAGUGUCAUGAAACAGCGUCAGGCAGCCCAGUCUAUGCACCAUCGUACUACUCCUCAUCUCCCAUUCUCCAAUACAUCUGCCAUUCCUGCACCUCUGCCAACCGCGAAGGAGGAGCCUGUUGCGGAGUUGGGGGUAUGUCCUACCAAUAACCGCAGACGCGGGCGUUUUGUUGGCGUGAGGAAGAUUGUUGUCAAAGUGGCGCGCAUUCCCGUCAGCCUCAGCCGCAGACAGAAGAGCUACAAAAUUUCUAAUAUGGAGACAGUUACAGGCACAGAAAAAAGUAAUGACUGCAGUGUGGAGGGCUCGGAGCCCGUGCGAGAGCCAACUGCACUUCUCCGCAUGAAGAACAAUGGAAAAAGCGUUAUGGUGAUGUUCCCUCCUGGAGAGCUCCCUGUAAUUUUGAAGCGCAGACGGGGGCGACCACCUAAACAGCCUCUCCCAGGAAUACAGGUGGAGCCUCCAAAUCCCGGGAACGCUGCUGGUAAUGGAGACCAGCCUAAGAAGCCUCGCAGGCGCCGUCGGACUAAACUCCCUUGUCCUUAUCCGUCUUAUGUUAAUGACACGAAUGAUGUGAAGACAGAAUAUGGAGACGUUCUCUCCAAGUUGGCCUUUUUAAACCGUCAGCCCCCGGCCACCGGACGCUGCUCCCCGCCUCGCUGCUGGACGCCGAGCGAGCCAGAAAGCUUUCACGUCCCCUUGGAAAACCCUGGAAUAUCCACCCUGCUCCACAGACUCACCGGGUUCAGACGUCCCCGGGGAGGGAGAGGAGGGGGGGUAGGAAGAGGUGGAGGAGCAGCAGGAGGGAUCGGCGGUGGUGAGUGCAAUAAGAGCACCUUCAGUGACUUCUUUGAAUCCAUUGGAAAAAAGAGAAAACUGAGCCCCCUGUCUGAGCAUGGAUUACCUCGGAAAAGGGGGAAGGGAGUGGGUGGGGUGGGAAGGGGAGGAGGCGUGGUGGGAACAGAGCCCGGGGCGGAGAAAACAGUCAGGCGGAGACGUGUGAGAAAAAACGGUGCAUUCAAAGGAGGCGUGAUGUCUGUAGGACAGGACUGGCCCAACGGGGCAGGUGGCUGGGGUGAGGAGGGCAUGAUGGACAAGGAGAAGGUUUUAGGGGGUUAUCAGCUCUGUGGAUCUCCAAGGGGGGGCUUCUCCUCAUGCGAGGUUGGAAGAGGUUCCUUCGGUGGUCCGGGAGGAAGCAGAGGUAUUAUGCCAUGUGGGGAAGACUCACAGGGCCUCUUCGCUGGUUAUUUUCGAUCGCUGCUCGACUCUGACGACUCCUCAGACCUGCUGGACAUCUCCUCCUCACAGUCAGACCCCCGCAAAGCCUCUUCCACCCCAGGUUAUGAGCCAUCCAGCCCAGCUACUAGCCACAGCUGGUCUCCCGCAUUCCCUAAAUGGAGCACUAAGGGUGCAAAUUCUGGGGUGGAAGGUUCAGCCCAUGCACACUGCUCUCCAGCCCGGCCUCCAUAUAGCUAUGCCAACCUGGCCCAAACCUCCCCCACCACCUCUGUCUAUCCUAAAUCCACCCCUCCAUCUCUCUCGCAUUCUCCCAGCUCCCCACACCCUGCCUCUUACGGUCAGUACUCCUCUGGCUACUCCUGCUCCUCUCCUGCGGUGCCACAGAGGUCGUCAGACUGCAGCUUUGCAUACGGGUCUGGUCACAGCAGUGGCAAGACCACCCCUGUUGGUCAAAUGGGGUAUUCCAGCUAUCAAGCAGCAGCAGCAAAACGAGGCUUUGGUGGAUAUCCUGGAGCAAGUCAUCCGUCUGUGGGGAGGGGCGAGUUAAUAGGACCCACCUCACCUGGAGGGGGUUACAUGUCUGUGGCCAAAAGUAGCCCCUUCAGCUCCUCCUCCCCAGAAGGCUUCAAACACUACAACUCCAAUCAGUGGAGCUACAGACAAGGGUUUGGUGCCUGGACUGACAGCUUUGGGAGUCAGUAUCAUGGCUACAGUGAAUACGGCUCAAAUGAGUCCAAAGACAUCUUGGAUAUUUCAAACUAUACCCCCCAGAAGGCUAAGCGGCACCCAUUUCCUGAAAGUCUAUCAGAAUCCUCCUCUGACUCCUCACAUCUUGGCUCAGCAGCGACUGGUAGUGGCCCGAACUCGGCAGGUGGCACAUACAAGCAGAAUGAGGCUGUUUCCGUGAGUGGAGAGGGAGGGCAAUCAAGUCUGUCGAGUCUGGAGAAGCUGAUGAUGGAUUGGCAUGAGAGUGCCUCGGGGCCUACAUAUAAUUGGAGCCAGAACGUCCUCUUCCAGGGAGGGGGAACCAGCAAACCCAGCCGUGGUCGCAGAAAACGGACUGAAGUACAAUCAGAAAAAGAAGGGAUUUUGACUUUACAUUCUGAUUCCCCAUCCAGUCCUUCCCCGACACCGACUCCUGGACCUAAAAGGGGAGGGGUUGGAGGACGGGGCAGAGGGUCCCGCGGAGGCCGGGGAGGUCUGUCUUCUUGUCAGAGGGAGCGACCGUCAGCAUCCAAAGGCAGGGGCAAGGCAUCCUCCACAUCAGGAGUAGGACUCGUCCUGUCUGCUGGAGGUCCGGAGGGCUCUGGUCUGUUCCAGGAGGGGCUGGAUUAUUACAGUGGAGACAGUAGCAGCCUCUCUCCCCUGGCCACUCCUAAUCCCGCACCGCCAUCCAGCUAUGUCCAGGAACCCUGUGAGUACCCCUCCCCUUAUUCCGCCCACCCCUCCACACCUUCGUCUGAGGAGCGAUAUCCAGCUUUAUUUCCUGGAGAGUCCUGCUCUUCCCUCUCACCCAGUGUUUCAUCCCCCCCUUACCCUCCUAAACCAACCCCUCCUCCACCCCAGGCUUACCACCUUGUCCCGUCCAGGACCUUCUCCCCUUCCUGCUCCCCUUCGCCACGGGUCACGCCCCACUGCGGCACGGCAUUGAGUCCUUCACAGCGACCUCCUCCGAAAGACACCCAGUUUUCACAGUACGAUUCCCCUAGCUACUGCAGCUCCCCUUACUGGUACGGACAGACGUCGCACAGCGGCAGCCCCAGCCCGCACUCUCACAGCACGCACACCAGUACAGCCAUGCACGCGCACAGCAACCUGCACACAAGUCCGCAUGGGAAUACUCACAACAAUGCACUCAUGAGCCCGAAUUCAAACGCGCACUUGAACCCGACUCCCCACGACUCGCAUCAUCUCAACACGCAAUCUCACACAAACCUGAGCUCACACACCAACACACAUCCAAUCGCACACCUGCAAAGCAACCCCCUGUCCCACUCAAACCCCCUCAGCAACAAUCAGCCCCAACACAACACACACUCCAGUCUGAACGCUCACCUCUCCUCCAACCCCAGCCCCGGCCUCCACCCCCACUCAGCACCUGUGCUUUAUGAGGAGCGCAGCCCUCCUUCGGCCCUGACCCCCCACAAGCGGGAUAUGACCCAACACGCCAUGACUACAGGCCAUCGCCAGGGCCUCUUGCCUCACUCCCCAUACCCCAAAUCUCCCCUGGAGUCCUCGCCCCAUCAGGAGGAAAGUAGCGGCUUCUCCCUGCCCCAACAAUCCUACCAAGGCAUGGGACACCGCUACCCCUCCCAGGCGGCUCAGAGUAGUGGGGUGCUGUGCCAGCUCCUGGAUCCAGCCAAUGAUGACAGCUUCAGCGUCACCAGCCUGUAACGACAGGUGCAUUCAACCCAAGCUUUUACAGAUUUGCAUUUUUUUCUUUUUUCUUUUUUUUUGUUAAUGGGACUUCUUUGUGAGAGACUGUGAAAUGAAGGGUGAGAAUUUAGCUGCCAACUUUGGACAGUAGAGCUUUAAUUCUCCAGCAUUGACAAUCAAGAUCAGAUUUAACUCACGUGCUCAAGCAUGCACACACAUGCACACAGACACAGACACGCGCAUGUGCAAAAAUUAGUUCACUACCUAAACAUGGACACGUGAAGUCGUACGAGUGCACACGCUCUGCGCUGGAAUGAGGGAACGGCCGAGAGGAGCUGACAGAUGACGACCAGACGCUCACAGACAGAGACGAAUCUAUUUCCACAUCCCUCUGAGUCCUGCUGUGAUACACACAGGACUCGGUUUCCCAGAAGUCUGUAUCUCACCAAAUAUUUCUGGUUCUGUUCUGUACAUCUGCGGUACGGACAAACUAGGAUUACACUAUUACACUACUCUCUCUCUCUCUAUUCUCUCUCUCUCUCUGUCUCUUUUCUCCACUCUUCUGCUAAACCAGCAACCAUGUUCUGCACUCGACUCACUAACCCUGCAUUUAUGUAUUGUGCCCUAACCUGAACCGCAUCUGAGCCCAAAUCAACUUUUUAAAUACCAUGAGCCUCGCAAAUGUCCUGCUCUGUGCACUCCUUGUGUUGUGUCCCAUAAGAGAAAAGUGGACUGAAUCAGUUUUCUGCUCUUGAAAUACCAGCAUCUG